AUGUCUCACGACCACCACGACCAUUCCAACUGUAAUCACGACCACGGCUCGCAUUCUCAUUCCCAUGGCGACGCUAAAAAAGUAAACGCUGUCAAUGAUGAACUUUCUCUUCGCCAACAAGCUGCCGAUAAACUCGCCAAGUUCCUGGUAGAAUUGCAAGAGCUAGCUAACCAACACAGAAAGGCCACUCAAGUCAAGACAUCUGCGGCACCUGUCAAUAAAGCCGAUGUUGAUCUUUUGAUGAAAGAAAUGCAAAUCACCAAAGCAGAGGCAGAGUCGACUUUGAGAAGCAACAAGAACGAUGUGGUUGCUGCUCUCACCUACUUGACCAGCCAUUGA